AUGCCGGGAUCGUCGCAGGCGUAUCCUACCAUUUCGACGAAGCCACCAGAUCGGCCGCCACGUGCGCCGUCGCGUGUGGCUUCGAGCCAAACGUCGCCCAGCACGUCGCCGCCGUCGCCGGCUGUGUCAUGGCCCUCGUCUGCCACGGCCGUGCCUACGCUACAAGUCCCAGUCAUGAGCCCAAUCGAUCUGGGGACGGAUAUUCCGUACCUCCAGGAGCUAGACAAACCUACCACGCUGCGUCGCAGUCCGCGGCCGAGUCUGGGGAGUGCCGCCGCAGCGAUGCCUUUCCCCUCGCUGAUGCAGGCCACGGCCUCGUCGACAGAGAGUGGGAAUGGCACACCGGCUUCGUCGAUCCACACGCUCGACUCGACCAUGGCCACAGCAGGCGAUGGAUCGUCGCCGCACCUACGCAGCGUUCGCUCCACGCCACAUCUGGGCAGUGAUGUAUCGCAUACCAGCUCCGAAGUAGCUCUGCAUCGUGCGCGAUCACGGGUGCAGACGCACUCACGCGCUCUCCAUCGUGCGCUUGAUGACGAGCGGCCUGUCUCGCCCAUAGCACGUGGCUCGAUGGAUGAGUAUGGCCGGUAUACGCCCACGGUCUCCUCGUCCGGCCAUACCAUGUGGUCCGACCACGCCACCGAGCAUGCCACGACCUCGAAGACAUGGGCCUUAUCGCGCGAACGACGUGCGGCAGCAGCAGCAGCAGCAGCAGCACCAAGUACGUCUGGGCUGGGCCUGGUCUUGCACGCAGGCUCCUCGACGGAUUCCGUGCCGUUGGAGUAUGACAGUUCGCCGUCGGGAAGUACGCAUGCGUCGCCACACCAGACCCUACGACGUCGGCUGAGUAUGACAUGGGGCGCAGGGCAUCGCGCCCGAUCGAUUUCGCAAGGACGCAGCCGGCCCACGUCGCCGCCGCCGGUGGUGUCGCCUUUGGUACUGCCCACGCUGACCGAGCCAUCGCUCCCUGACAAGCUGCAGCCACGACACAGCACGACCAAUCUCCGCCGCCUUUUUCGUGCAGGUGGACGGCCGACGUCGCCAGAGGAGACAGAGCCCAGUCCGCCGACUUCUCAUACGCUGUGGCACCGAGCGCGGCGCCGCGUACCCUCUGGAGGGACAAAGAGCGAUACGCCGACGAGUCCGAGUAUGGAAGGCACGUCCGCAGGAGCGGCGGGAGCCGCGGCGCCUCCCGCUACGCCGAGCAAAUCGCCGCGCCUUGCGUCGUUUUUCCGUGACUUGCCAGAGAUGCCGAAUCCCUAUGCGGCGCUCACGCAAGCCACGUCGUCGGUCUUUUCCUCCUCGGAGCAGCAGCAGCAACGCAAUGAGCGGCAACGCAAGCACCUGCUCAACGAGCUGGCAGAGACGGAGCGGAUUUACGCGGCGGAUCUGGGCGUUGUGAAGAAUGUAUACCUCGCGCAAGCACGACUUCGUGCCGGCCUGCGCACGCCUACGCCCAGCUCCACAGCGUCGUUUUCGUCGUGGCAGCAUCCGUCGCCAGAAGCGCCGCCACGCAGUCUCUCGAGCCUCUCGUCGGAGCCUGACACGGAGCAUGGCGUGCUGUAUGGGACGGCCGACUCGAAGACGCGUUUGGCGCUCUCUGCGUCGGACGUGGCAGAUGUACGCACGGCGUUCCAGCAGCUGCACCCGCCCUCUGCCCCGCUCUCUGGGGGCUCCGUCUCGUCGAGCAGCAGUGCUGCGCCGACGCCCGCGCCGCCGUUGUCUGUUACAGACAUCUAUGUGAUCUUUGCCGGCGUCGAGACGUGUGCUGCGCUCGCACAGGAGAUGACGGCACAGUUCGCGGCGUGUGCGCGUGGCGAGCGCAGCAUUGCCGAGGUGUUUGUGGACAAGAUGGGCGUGUUGGAGCAGGCAUUCUCGCUGUACUGCUCGCGCCAUGAGGCGGCGAUUGCGAGACUUACCUACGUCACGACGCAUCAUCCAGCUGCAGCGGCUUUCUUGCGCGACUGUGACGAGGCGUCGCGGCAGCACUCGCAUGCGUGGGACCUAUCGUCGCUGCUGAUCAAGCCUGUGCAGCGUGUGCUCAAGUACCCGCUCUUCCUACGAUCGAUUCUCGAGCAUACCGACAAGCAUGAGCGAGAGUACACGCAGCUGCAGCAGGCGCUCGAGCAGAUGCAGGGCGUCGCUGACCGCAUUAACGAGUCGAAGAAGCGCAUGGACAUGGUCGGCCAGCAUGGGUUUGGCCUGCCGGCGCCGCCGAAGCAGACGUUCCGUCGUACAGGCGCUGCGCAGGCGUUGCGACGGCAGAAGACGGCGCAGGUCGACGGUCCUCUGACCGACGACGAGGCGCAGUACGUGGCGCUCACGACGCAGAUGACCGAGGCGGAGCAUGCGAUCCACCGAUUUGCGCAGCACUGCACAGUUUGGAUGCGCAGUGUGCGUGCGAUGUACGAGUCGCAGCUGGCGUUUGUGCACGAGUGGAUUGCCGUGUACGAGUGUGGACCGAUGCACGACGAUGGCGCGGCGCGUGACCGGCUCGUGCAGUUCCACACACGGCUGCAGCGCCGGAUCUUGGGUGAUGUAUGUGGCCAGCUGGAAGCGUCGUUGGACCGCGCUGUGCAUGCGCCUGUGCGUGCGAUGCUGGCGCUGCUGGACCGGCCACGUAUGGUGAUGCUGAAUCGCGCCGCGAAAGAGGCUGAUUACCGCCGCUACCUGCACGACCGUGCAAAGCGUCCGAACACGAAGCAGAGUGCCGAGGCCAUGGCGUUCCUCUCGAUGCACAAGCAGCUCAUUGAAGAGAUCCCCGUGCUCUUGCGGGGCCUGUCGUUCAUCCUGCAGCGAUGCAUGUUCCAGCUGGCCCGCUUACAGACGGCGUACCAUGGCGUCGUGGCCGAUAUCCUGCGCUCCUUCUGUGUGCAGUACAUGCCCAGCGCCAUGACACCGACCAGUACGAGCUCGGUGUCCAGCCCACAUAUGCCGGCGAUGCUCGCGACGUCGCCGGACGUCUCGAUGGCCAGCGUGUCUGCGCCGACCAGCAGUGGCCUCGCGAUGUGGAUGCCGGAAACAGUCGUCCCGGAAGUGCCGCCCAUCGCUCUCUCGCCUGCCCAGCCAGCGUCGCACCAUGAACGAAGCACGACACCCAUCGUGACAGUCGCCGACGUAGAGGGGCCGGCCCCCCCACCCCUGUCGCAUACCGACGAGCCACGCACGCCCAGCACCGGCUCGACGCUAGCGCCGCCCCUCCCGCCGAUCACUGCGCUGUACACGGCGGCGCCAGCGACGCCGCCGAAGCCUACGCGGAGCGAGAAGACCAAAGGCGAGGGCCGGCCGCGACUCUCGACGCAGGACCGCCCACCAGCAGCGGCCCCGCUGCCCUCGCCCUCGGCGCAUACGCCUCUUGCGUACACACGCACACGUACCAUCGACGAAACGCCAUCGCAAAGUACGCCGCUGGCCGUCGCGCCGAAGCACCCGCCGUACUCGCCAGACACCCCUGUGGCCAAGCCACGUAGCCAGCGCCCUGUCUCGAUGAUGAUAUCCGCAACGACGCUGCCGGACGCACGCUACUCCCUGCCGCCGCUCGAUGUGUCGGUGGAUGGAUUUGCGCAGUCGCUCAUGUCACGGUAUGAUGUGAGUGGGCUGGGCGGCGCUGAUACCUCGGCGGCCUUCGGCGGCAACGAGUCUCUGUUUUUCGAUGCACGUUCGCAGCUUCAUGCCGACACGUCUGGCCUACCGCCUCGUUCAAACGGGGUCCUGUAG